AAACAGUUGAGUGUGAGUUGCCGUCAGGAGCAGCACGGCAAAGCUGUCCGGCGUAGCUGACAUAGCAGAACGCAAUAAAUUAAGAAACCUCGCAUAGGUGAGCGCAUUAAGCAGCAAGUGGUGUACGCUCGCGAAGCUUCACUGUAAACGUGCUCCCCAGACGCGAGUAAAACAAAGCCCCAUCCGUGACCCGUAACAUGUAGUGGCUGCCGUGUGGUGGCUAGCAGAAGAGGGAUCUGGACUCCACGAAAAAUGCACAUCCGCCUGUGGUCGGGACGACGCCUGCACACGUACCUGAAGAUAGGCACCUUUGUGUUGGUGGGCAUCUGUUACUUUGCCUUUCUGUUCCGCGAAUCGCUCAAUGCGUUCGAGCAUCGGGAGCGCGCUACAACCGCCGAGCUGGAGGCAGCCGAGGCAUAUGCCGAGCCGUCAAAGCAGCAGCUGAAGCUCAAGCGCCAACAGCUCCAUCGGCAACGUGUGCUCGCCCGUCUCAGGGCUAGCCAGCAGGCGAAUCGCAGCGCUGCAUUGGCCGAGGAGGCGCAAAACGCCGUCUCGGCAAGCACCUUGAAUCCCGUCUACGAGUACUCCGAGGAGCUGCACAGCCGUACGGAGCAUGAACUGAAGCUGCGACGCGAUCACUUGGCGACUGUUUGCGACCGAUACAAGCUUCAAGAAAAGUACCCACCGAACCCAUGGGAGUUCUUCAUCUCGCCCGGCCAUAAUAAUCUGGUGUGGUGCAAUGUCUUUAAGGCAGCCAGCAGCACGUGGAUGUACUACUUCAACAUACUGGCUGGCUACGAUCUAAAGUAUCUACAGCGAACGGAGGUUCAGCCCCUGGAACUGGCCCGUCAACGCUUUCCCCGCCCUGAGCUAUCCGAGCUGGUGGAGCUGCUGCCCAGCGCGUUGUCCUUCCUGUUCGUGCGCGAUCCCUUCGAGCGCAUCCUUAGCGCGUAUCGCAACAAGCUUGAGGGCAACCGGAACAGCUUCUACAAGGCACUCGGCACCAAGAUCGUGCAUCGCUAUCGCCGCCGCAGCCUAAACGUUGCCUUUCCCCGUUGUGGACCCACCUUCGAGGAGUUCGUGCGCUUUCUCAUCCAGGAGCAUGCGGCGGGCAAUCGCUUCGACGAGCACUGGGCACCCGUGUACAGCUUCUGUACGCCGUGCAGCGUGAACUUUACGAUCAUCGGAAAGACAGAGACCUUUCAGCGCGACUCCGAGUUUAUCAUACGGCAGGCGGGAUUGGAGUCGUUGCUGUUGGGGAAGCUGCCACGGCGCAAGCUGCGUAAAAUCGGGAAUCAGGCACGCAGCGGCGUCAAGUCGGAGGAGCUGGUCGAACGCUACUUUGGUGAACUCGAUCGCUCAACAUUGGACCAAUUGCUCAAUAUAUAUCGCAUCGACUUUGAGCUCUUCGACUACGACUAUCUCAAAUAUUACAAUAUGGUGCACUCCUGGAGCUUGGAGCAGAGUCCCACAGCCCCACAGGCCAAAAGCGGCCCGCGAGCAGGCACCGAUGUGCUAACCACAUCGGCGACCUUAUCUCUAAGAACAGCUGCUGCUCCUGCAGCAUGAAUGGAUCGAUGAAUAGAGGAAUGAAUAGAGAUUAAGCCAGGCCAAAAGUAUAUAGCUCAUAUUCGCGAUAAGAAUCUUAUUUAUGUACCUUUAUACAGAGAUGGAUCAGUAACCGUAACCCAACCGAAACUAUAUGUAUGUAAAACUAUAUGUAUUUAUUCUACCACUGAGUAAGGCCAAAUCAAUGUUUUCCAACAACCACCAAACGAAUCACGACAAUUUUCGACCUCUCUUGGGCAAUGCCAAUGCAAGGAAAGCAAAAACCAAAUGUAGAUAGAAUGACUAAUUUUUAUGCAUUUUUCAGAAGUCGCCAAAGUACCACCACACCCACACCCACUCACACACACACACACAUACACAUUGAAACCUUAAAAUUUCCAGAGUUUUGCAUCUUUUUAGAUGGCUCUUCUAGUUAGUACAAAGUACAAUUUACAGUUAAUACGAAUCGAACUUCUGACAUACACACAUAUUCUUUACCACACCUACGACCUCUAUACAAAUAUCUCGCCUGUUGUUUUUGAAAACGAACAAUUUUAUGCAAAAACCAAAAAGAAAGACAUAUUUACAAAUAUA